UGCACAACCUCGACACGCACGCUGAAUCAACCAACACCGACUGUCUCUUUCACACAACCGAAACCAACGACACAAGAACCGAGCGGCCGACUGCCUUGAUCAUGGGUCACAAAGAGACGACGGACACGUAAACACUGAAAAAAUCAGAACACCAUCCGAACCCCCCCCAUCCACACGAUACUUGUCGACACUCGGCGACACUCCACCGAGGUACCGCCACCGACCCCGAUAUUUCGGAUCCGGACCAAAUAAACAAUGAAGCUUAGCAAUAUUCUCCGGCUGCCGGCCCUCUUGGGCGCGAUGCUGCUCGGCACCGCCGCUGUUGUUGAGGCCGAACACACAAGUAACUGGGCCGUCCUCGUCUGCACGUCACGGUUCUGGUUCAACUACCGCCAUCUUGCCAAUGUGCUGUCCAUCUACCGCACCGUGAAGCGCCUCGGCAUCCCCGACUCGCAAAUCAUCCUCAUGCUUCCGGACGACAUGGCAUGCAAUCCCCGCAACGCCUUCCCGGGAACUGUGUACUCCAACGCCGACCGUGCCGUCGAUCUCUAUGGCGACAACAUCGAAGUGGAUUAUAGGGGAUACGAAGUCACGGUGGAGAACUUUAUCCGCCUCUUGACGGAUCGUGUGGGCGAUGAGAUGCCCCGGAGCAAGAGGUUGUUGACAGACGAUCGGAGCAAUAUUUUGGUGUACAUGACGGGACACGGAGGCAACGAGUUUCUCAAGUUCCAGGAUGCCGAGGAGAUCGGCGCAUUUGAUUUGGCGGACGCUUUCGAGCAAAUGUGGGAGAAGAAGAGAUACCACGAGAUCCUCUUCAUGAUCGACACCUGCCAAGCAAACACCAUGUACAGCAAGCUAUACUCCCCAAACAUUAUCGCGACCGGAUCGUCCGAACUCGACCAGUCGUCCUAUUCUCACCACGCCGACAACGAUAUUGGCGUCGCGGUUAUUGAUCGAUACACUUACUACAACCUCGAGUUUCUCGAAAACGAAGUCAAAGACACUAGUAGCAAGAAGACAGUCGGUGACCUCUUUGACAGCUACACAUAUGAAAAGAUUCACUCGAACGCGGGGGUGCGCUACGAUUUGUUUCCCGGAGGGGCGGAGGCAGCACGCAGCCGCCUUGUAACAGACUUCUUUGGUAACGUACAAAACGUGGAGGUUGAUGGGUCUAAAAACACAACUCUAGAAGAGGACUUGCUUGCGCUGAGCAAGACCAUUGCGGCACUGAGGGAAAAGGCAGGCGAAGAGGAAGCCAUCUCGGUUGGGAAGGGAAACGCGGCCAGAAAUGAGACCAAGAAAGAGACCAAGAACGAGACCCUAUUGACGCACAAGAGCCAGUUCGCCAAACCUCUCACAGAUGAUGACUGGUUGGUGAAGAAGCUCUCUGCGCUGGGAGCUGUUGUCGGAUGCGCAGUGUUAUGGCAGAUGGGGUCGUGGCUCGAAUCUGCACAGAAAUAAGGCAGUAGGGGAGGUGGACUCAAGACUUACAAAUAAUGUUAUGCUUUGUUUACUUUUCGGCAAUUGCACUACGGUACAAGCGUGUCCUUGAAUUCCCUCUGCCACGCUGAACAUAGGUUGAGAUAUCUAAGCUCAACACAGCAGCAGCCUUGACCCCAAGCCCCUGACUUUCUUUCAGCAUCCAUCGAAGGGUUAGGGUUGGUACCGGAACAUGGUGGGGCAGGCAAAGUUCGUGCUUUGGUCGUCCUCCCGUCGUCCAAAAUGGAAAGUUCAGUUUCAACCAUCCACUCACUUACAUCCUGCAAGAACACCACUAGGCCUUCUGAACCCAUCCCGGCGACUAUCUCUCACCUUCGGGGAGAAUCGCCAUGGUUUCCCCCACAACUAAACAACCUUUACUCGUUAUCCUGUGAUUACAUAUAUUAAUAAAGUAGUCGUGGCG